AUGGUGGCACAAAGCGAAGCAUUCCAGAAGGCUGUCGUCGACUCCAAGAAGUUGACCGAGAAGCCCACCAACGAUGACCUGCUGGAGAUGUAUGCUCUGUACAAGGUCGCCACCGGUGAGGACAUCAGCAAGGCUCCCGCCCCCGGCAUGUUUGACCUGAAGGGCAAAGCCAAGAAGAACGCCUGGCAAAAGGUGGUCGACGAGGGCAUCUCAGCCGAGACAGCGCAGGAGCGCUACGUCGCCCUGAUCGAGAAGAGCAAGACCACAUACGGAUACGACGCCAACAAGGAGCCCGAAACCGUGGGCGCGUAA